GCUCUUUAUAUAGGCUCUGCCCCGGCGGUUAGGUUAAACUAGGCUACGUGGAAAGUUUGAGCUGCCCGCUCUCAGUGCAGCUCCUCCCGCAGCGCUCGGUCCGGAUCUACCGCCGGUUCUACCGCGGUUCGCUGGAGGUUAAAAACACGGGGUAUGAUCCCCGGUACCAGAACCCCCUGAGGAGCGGAGCGGGUCUCUCUCCCCGGCGGGCGGAGGAAUGGACGGAGCGGCGGCGGUGGUUCUGGUCUCCGUGGCGAUGUUCGCGGGAUGCUUUCUGCUAGGACUGAUCCCGGUACUGAUCAACUUAUCCCAGCAAAAGCUGCAGUUUGUGAGUGUGUUGGGGGCGGGGCUUCUGUGUGGCACCGCCCUUGCUAUAAUCAUUCCAGAGGGAGUGGAGUUAGUGGAGGAGUCAUGGAGAGAUACGGAUUGCUCCGUUAUUAAAACUAAACUAAACAGCACAGACUCCAAUUCGACUCUGGAGUCGUCCACAGAGAAAGGCCCGCGUCCACGUGUCUUCAUAGGACUGUCUCUGGUGCUGGGCUUCACCCUCAUGUUUGUGGUUGACCAGAUUGCUGAGUACUGCUCUGCACGCGACUCACGGUCGAGCAUCUACAACGGCAGCGGCAUCACAGCCACGCUGGGUCUCCUCAUCCACGCUGCAGCUGAUGGUGUUGCUCUAGGAGCAGCUGUGGCUUCCUCUCAAGCAUCAGUUCAGGUCAUUGUCUUCUUCGCUGUGAUUCUGCACAAGGCUCCAGCUGCGUUUGGUCUUGUCUCUUUCCUAAUGCAUGCAGGCUUGGAGAAGAGCACAAUCCAGAAGCAUCUGCUGGCUUUCUCAGCUGCAGCUCCAGUGCUGGCUAUUAGCACAUACUUCAUUUUGAGCACAACUGGUGGCUCAGCACAGCACCGCCUUAGUGCCACAGGGAUUGGCAUGCUGGUCUCUGCUGGAACUUUCCUUUACGUGGCCACUGUGCAUGUCCUGCCUGAGGUUAACAGCAGGGGGCAGCAGAGAACCAGUCAUUUUCACCACCAUGCAGGCCCCGGGCCCUAUCAGCAGAGGGGUCUGAGUGUGCCGGAGAGCAUCACUCUGAUCACUGGAGCUGCGCUGCCUGUGCUCCUGGCUCUCGGGCUGCCUGAUGACUGACAUUAACCUCAUGGACUCCUGUGAUGCCAAAAAAGAUUUCUAAAUGUACUUUGCACUUGACAGUGUUCACUCUUUGUGUAUGUUUUGUUAAUGGCUUACGGUACUUUUACCACUGCAUAUAGUUGUUAAGCGACACCCACUCUCAACUGUUGUAUGUAUGAAACUUUUGUAUGUUUCAUACAUAGAAACUGAUUUUUAUAUAUUUAUUAAAGUGCACUAUUUUAGAUUACAUACCAAAUAAACUAUACAAUAGUCUGUUGAGGAAGGUUAGCAUGCCACAUUAUUCGAGAAGUACAUGCAACAUUUCUGAACAUACAUAAACAUACACACAUUCAGAAAAUGAAGAACUAUUUAUGGCAUCUGUGAAAAUUUAAGGUUUAAAAACCAUCAAUAAAGCCAUAUACAAUAUUCUGAUGAGGAAAGUUAACAUGCUUUUGUUUAUUAUUCUAGACAAAUAAGCAAAGUUGCUAAACAUUAUAGCAUGCAAACACUCAUACACACAACCCAGCUAACAGUUUUUGGUCAGUAGAAGGUUUUCUGAAUGUUACAGGUAACCAUCAAGCUUUUUGCAAGUUCUGACAGCAAUUUUAAAUGUUUUGGUAACAUCACUGCAACGUCAUAAUUAAUUUUGGUAUGACUUUUGUUUACACAAUGAUAGUAUUUGUCUAGCUGCCAAUAUUAUGUGAGAAACUUUCAUAGACAAUACAAGCCACAUACAAUAUUCUGUUUGAGGAAAGUUAACAUGCUGUUUAUCAUUCCAGCCAUACGAGCAAAGGUGCUUAAAAUUUAUGCAUGCAUGUGUAAACACACCCAAACAACACUUUUUCUUUCUUUUUGCCAUUUGUAUUCAUAUCUCUAUGUAUUGUGGAAUACUGUGCUAUUUACAUUUGUUAAAUUAAGGUUGAAAUACCAUUAUUAAAGCCAUAAACAAUAUUCUA